CAUCACCAGUUCCUCUUUUUGUUUUUUACAUAAGUUUGUUCUUUAUACAUUUUCUGCUUCCAUCUGGUUCUAUCACCAUGCCACACAUGGCAACUGAGAUUAUAGCUUUUGUGCUCUCAGUGUCAGGAUGGAUAUUGGUAAGCUCUACUUUACCAACGGACUACUGGAAGGUCUCCAGUAUUGACGGCACUGUUAUCACCACUGCAACCUUCUGGUCCAACCUUUGGAAAACAUGUGUUACCGACUCAACCGGAGUGUCUAACUGUAAGGAUUUCCCCUCUAUGCUGGCUCUAGAAGGGUAUAUCCAAGCCUGUCGUGGUUUGAUGAUAGCAGCGGUCAGUCUGGGAUUUUUUGGUUCGAUUUUUGCACUUGUUGGGAUGAAAUGCACCAAGAUUGGAGGCUCAGAAAACACCAAAGGAAAAAUCACCUUCUUCUCUGGCCUGCUCUACAUACUCAGUGGUCUGUGUGCCAUGGCUGGAGUCUCCUUUUAUGCUCACAAGAUAACCUCAGAGUUCUUUGAUCCAUUCUAUGUGGAGCAGAAGUAUGAACUAGGAGCUGCACUGUUUAUCGGAUGGGCAGGAUCAUCACUUAGCAUCAUCGGAGGCUCUGUUCUCUCUUUAUCUCUGAAUGAAAGCAUCAAGGCAGCCAGAAUCACUUAUUCCUACAAUGGAGUGACAUCUGUAAGAUCAGCGCGCACAAACCUCCAAGAUCGCAACAACAGCCACAAGGCACAGAGAGGACUGCCUAAACAAUUUGACAAGAACGCCUAUGUGUAAUUGGCUGCGGGUGGUUUAAAAGCCAUGCUGUAUAUCCAACUUAACAUCCAGAAGAGAAAAAAAAGACAUUACUCCCACAUGUUGGAUGCAAGCCAGUCACUAUACCAGCCUCUUGUCCUGAAAGUAAUAAGGACUGCAAUGUAAAAUACCUUGUCAAGUCCAGAAGUGAAUUUGGAGAUCACUCUUUUGUGGGAUUCAUGUGUCUAAUCCUUAUUUUUUUGUACAGGCCCUAUC